AUGGCUGACAAUGAAGGGAUCCUCGCUGCACAAUUUCGAUCUGUUACUGGUUGUACGAAUGCGGUAGAGGCAUCCCAGUACUUGGAAAUGUGUAAUGGUAAUUUGGAAUUGGCCGUAAAUUUAUAUUUUCAACAACUCCAACCAUCAUCAUCAUCAUCAACAACGAUAAACGGUGAGGAAUCACCAGAUAUCAUUUGCAUUGGCAAGAAUGCAGGACGACGUAAUGCUACUGCAUCACAUCAUGCCAUAUGUGGAACAACUACAAAUUCUCGAGUUAACAAUACUGAUAAUGAUAUGUCAACAAUAGCUAACAGUGAUGUACGCGAGCCAAUAGCACCUGUACGUGGAGCUAUUAUUGAGCAAACAUUUGCGCAGCAGUACAAUCGACAAAAUGGGAGACAUGGUUCUUCAGUAUUUGAUACCGGUCGUGAUUUUCGUGCUGAAGCGGGAGAAAGAAUGGCUAUGUUACAAAACAGGCACAACACAUUCGAUUCGACCGUAGCUAAGCGUAUAACUCUUCAAAAUCUUUUUCGUCCUCCGAUAGAUAUUAUGUUCAAUGGUGAUUGGGAUGCUGUUCGAGUUGAAGCUCAGUUACGUGAACAAUGGCUACUUGUUAAUAUACAGGAUGAUCUGGAAUUCGCUUGUCAAACGCUUAAUCGUGAUUUGUGGUCCAAUUUAUCCGUAAAAGAACUUCUACGGUCAAAUUUUAUUUUUUGGCAGGUGCAUAAAGAUUCAGCUGAUGGGAAUAGAGUGAGUAAUUAUUACCGAAUUUAUACUUAUCCAGCUGUUUUCAUAGUUGAUCCACGUACAGGAGAACAGUUAAUUACGGUCGGUGCUAAAGACACUAUGUCUUUCUGUGAUCAAAUUACAACAUUUUUGGAUGCUUGUCCAGAUUUUGCUGCAAGAGACAAACAACUUACACUUACACCUACAUCAAGUAAUUUUGGACGGUUAAUGUCAAAGGAGAAUUGUGAACAUAAUCAAUAUACGGAUGUACAAAACUUAUCGCCAAAUCGAAAGCGUGUUCACUUUUCACAGCAAGACGAAAUGAUGGAUGAUGAGUGUAGUAAUUCAAAAAAACCUCGUGAAGGUAAUGAUCGAUCAGAUAUUGAUGGUAUAAUAGAUAGUGGUAGUAAACUAACAACAAUUGAUCGAGAUGAAUGGAUGAAAUGUGUUGGUAAGCCAGAUGGUCGUGGAUGCCGUCUUGUGCUAUCUCUACGUUUGCCGGAUGGUAAUCGUCAGAUGAUGGAAGUAGAAGAUACAACUACUCUCAAGGCUAUAUUUGUGCUUAUUGCUGGUCUUGGAUUUUAUCCAACAGAUCAUCAGCUUGUUCUCGAUUAUCCAAAACGAGUAUAUACCGAUCAGGAUCAUUAUCGUACACUUCGAGAGCUCAACUUUAGCAAAAGAGAGCUUAUUCAUGUGGAGAGACAGUGA